GGCGUGACGCUGCCAUUUUGGAAAUGGAUCUCAAGUUAGACGAUCUAUUAGAGAAGCAACAAGAUAAUGUUGUGUCUUUGGACCUCGAAUAUGUACAGCUUAACGUGGGCAAAAUAUUAUCUUUGCUCAACAAGACAUUUGCAAAGCGAAAGACGGAUACUUUAAGUGCAUGGGGCAAAUUGUGCUUCCCCUCCUGCGUACAAUAUCCUGUUAAUGGAUGA